AUGAGUUCAAAAUCUGACAAAGAUACUUUAAUUGAUAUGGGCUUUUCGUCGGAUAUGGUGGAUAAAGCAAUGAAGGCUACAAAAGGUGCAGGUUUACAACCUGCUAUGGAUUGGUUAUUAUCACAUCCUGACGGCGAUAUUGGACAACAAAUUGGUGAAUCUUCCUCCUCCUCCUCUUCUUCUACAGUCAAAAAUAAUGAAGAUGAUGAUGGAGAAAUUAAAGACGGUCAUGUCGGCUUUUCUGAAUCGACAACAGCAAUCAAAAAACUUACAGAAGAAGAAAAACAAGCAAAAUUAAAUGAAUUGAAGAAAGCUAUGGCAGACAGACGUGAAGCUCGUAAGCUAGCAGAACAAGAAGAAGAGAUAAAUCGAGAGAAGAUUCGACGCAAAGCUGGCAAAGAAUUGGUAGAAGUCAGAGAAAAAAUUGAAGAAAGAGAACUGAAGAAAGCUAUCGAAGAAAGAAAAAAGGAGAAAGAGCAAGAAAAAUUGGCCAAGGCAAAAAUAAGAGCCGACAUUGAGGCUGAUAAAAGAGCAAGAGCUGCAAAGAUAAAACAACCAACUGGUGCGCCUAUCAUACACACAUUUCAAUCAUCUGAUACUUUAGAAAAUGUCUAUGAACUUGUUGGACAACAAAUUACCCAACCUUUUAAAUUAAUGACAACUUUUCCAAGAAAAAUAUUGGAUGGUGAAAGUAGAGAAAAAACUUUAAAAGAAUUGAAUCUCUCUCCAUCAGCAGCUUUGGUUGUAAAUCUUUCAUAA